CGCUCCCCGUGGCACCGCCCCUUCAGCGGUGCAGUGUUGUGAUGUCUAUGCUUACCUGAGCCGUGCAGUAAAAACUAAGGUUUACGGCUGAAAAGAGACUGCAAAUAUCCAACAUUGGUCCUCUCACGUGUGCUCUGUGACCCUGACAUGGCAAAAGGAAAGAGGAAUGUGCUGAGAACUGACAGAAAGCCCGACGACACCAUUCAGCACAAAGUUAGCUUCUCCCGGAACGAGACAAAGGAGAAUAAACCUGCUCCUAACCAGCAAAAAGGUCAGUCCAUCGUUCAGAGCCAGCAGAAUUCAGCCAAAUCCCGCUCUCCCCUGGGACAGUGCAGCAUGCUGAUCCAGGAUACUAACGACGCCGCCCCCACCAGCGCUGACUCAAAGCUAAGAAAAGACAUACCUACAGAGGGUAAAUGGGACGCCAAGGAGCAGAAGACUAAGAGCUGUGCAGAGAUGGGAGAGAAGUCUGCAGCCAGUGAGCUCAAAGAGUCCAGCGGCCAAACCAAAGCAGGCCCCAUUAAGGAUAACAAGCCACAGGCAUCCAAGAACCGAAGUCAGGCUGUACACAAGAAGAGUGAAAAUAAAGCUCCCAAAAAUAAGAAGGUGACAGACUACUUUCCAAUCAGAAGAAGCAACCGAAAGACCAAAGCUGAGCUGAAGAGUGAAGAACACCGACAUCUGGAUGACCUCAUAAAGAACGGUGUGGAAGAAGGAAUGGAGGUGAAGGUGAUUGAGGGGAAGGGCAGAGGUGUGUUUGCGGUGAAGGGCUUUAAAAAAGGCGACUUUGUGGUGGAGUACUCUGGAGACCUGCUGGAGCUGUCUGAGGCCAAAGCACGUGAGACCCAGUACGCCCAGGACCCCUCCACAGGCUGCUACAUGUACUACUUUCAGUACCAGACCAAGACCUACUGUGUGGACGCUACAAAAGAGAGCAGCCGUCUGGGCAGGCUCAUCAACCACAGCAAGAGCGGGAACUGUCAGACACGGCUGCACCCCAUCGAGGGGACACCCCACCUCAUCCUGAUAGCGUCCCGGGACAUCAGCGCAGAUGAGGAGCUGCUCUACGACUAUGGAGACCGCAGUAAGACCUCAAUCUCUGCUCAUCCCUGGCUCAAGUACUGACCUCAACC